AUGAGGAGGAAGGUGAAGCUUGCUUUUAUCGAACAUAACUCCUCAAGGAAGGCCACCUUCAACAAGAGGAAGAAGGGCCUCCUUAAGAAGGCCAGUGAGCUCUGCAAUCUAUGUGGUGUCCCCGCAUGUGCAAUCAUCUAUGGUGAGCACGAGUCCAAGCCCGAACCGUGGCCUCCGUCCCCCAUCUCGGUGCACCGGGUUAUCUCUAAGUUCCAUGAUAUGUCGGAGGUGGAACAAAGGAAGAAGAUGAUGAAUCAGGAGAACUUCCUACUGCAGAGGAUCACGAAGACUGAGGAGCAGUUGAAGAAGCUGAGGAAGGACAAUAAGGAGAUGGAAAUGCUUAAUGUGAUGUACCAAGGCUCAGGCGGGCUGCAGCCGCCAGAGUGGCUCCAAGACAUGAACAUGCUAGACCUGAACAAUGUCGAGUGGGUGAUUGAUCAGGUCUUGGAUAAGAUCUAUCAGAGACAGGAGAAGGUGAGUAAGACCGAGGUGGGGAGGAUCAAAGGAUGUGAUGGAAGAAGCAGAAAAGGCGGGACCGGAGGAUGCCCGCACUUAGGUGGAAGAUAUCAAUAAUAAUGUGCUUUGUUGUCAUGCCGAUAAGAAUUAUUAGAGCACAUGCAGUGAAUUAACGUCGUCAGUCUCUUGAGUCAUAGUUAAAGAAAAUAAAUAAAUUCAUAUUGGAUCAACUAUCUAGUGAAUCUAGGUGGCUGGUUUUGGUUUGAGUCAUGCUUACUAGUAGAUGGAUAUUGUGAUAUCUAUGGACUUAUGAAAUGAUAUGCGCGCGAGGGUCUUAUUGAGUGUAAUUUCACAUUCUCCACUCGAGUUUGAUUUCUAUUUUUUUUCA